AUGAGGCGGGAGAUUGCAGACGUUUUCCAAAUAUUGAAAUCGAGCGUGGAAAACUAUCUGCAUCAACUUAGUUAUGUUAGCCGUCUUGAUGUUUGGGUUCCGCGCGAACUGAGCGAAGCUCAUUUAAUCCAAUGCAUUUCCAUCAGCGAUUCAUUCGGAAAACAUGAAAAAAGCGAUCCAUUUCUGAAGCGUAUGGUAACUGGCGAUGAAAAAUGGAUCGUCUACAAUAACAUCAAGAACAAAAGAUCGUGGGAGCAGCGUAGCGAACCGCCACAAACCACUUUGAAGGCAGGGCUUUACCCGAGCAAGAUCAUGCUCUCAAUUUGGUGGGAUUGGAAGGAUAUUCUACGAGCUCCUUUCGCGAAGAACAAAACGAUCAGUUCAGGUGUGUAUUGUCAACUGGAUAAAUUGAAUGCAGCGAUCUACGAGAAGCGUCCAGAAUUGGUGAAUCGUAGAGGCAUUGUCUUUCACCAUGACAACGCUAGGCCGCACACAUCUCUAUAA